CCCCCCCAUCCGCCCGAGCCCGGACGCGUCUCGGGCGCAUGAUGCGGCUGCAUGGCCCAUGGCGUCCGGAGGCCGCGGAGAUGCCAAUCUCUGGCCAUGCCUCUCAAGGCUUCGAUCGAAGCCAUCGGUGCCUCGAAAGACCAGCUAUCAGGAGAUGCUGCGGUGCUUGCUGAUCUCAAAGGGCUACGCUGCCGCGUUGCAGCUCAACCGGCCACACGCAGCGCCCCGCGCGGUGUUCGGCCGGGAGGCGCGCGCAGCUGUCAUUCUGGCCCGCGCAGGGCGUUCCAUCGGUGGCAACACCACCGUGGCUCUGGGCAUGUGGCGUCGCCAAAGGCUCGCCACUGGCCGCUGGCAGGAGUUGGCGGGCACAGCCAGCUUCCCAAGACGUGCCCGCAGAUCCAGAUCCUGGGUUCUGCUGGCGCGCAUGAGGCCGGUUCGCCAUCUCCGCGAAGGUCCCUGGGACGCCUACUGCGAGGAUGUGACCCCCUUACACAGCGUCCAGUGGGGCCCGAGGUCUCGGCUGGCGGGCGACGAGUGCCAGAGCUGCUGCGUGGGAUCCCGGGCGGCCGCCAGAGACCAGAAGCGCUCGCAGGACUGGCACUGCAUGUGGCAGCCCGGUCAAGAUCAGGCCUGUCCUGCGCUGCUGCGGCCAAGGCUCUCCUGCGAGGGGGAGGACGAGGUGACUCAUGGCUUUGACUGGAUCGCCUUUCGGGAGGACUUGCGGCUCUUCGUGCAGACCGCAGUGCCGGAUCUCAGCAGCGAGGAGGGCCUGACGCGGAUCUUGCUGGGACGUGACCGCUUGGUAAUGGAGGCUAAGGCUGGAGCCUGCUGGAUGCAGCAUUCCGGCGCCUGCUGGGCACGGGAUUUCCGCACACUGCUCAGCCAGCACUUGGUGGAGGGCCGCCCCUUCUGCCUGCUUGGGUGCACGGCUCUGCAGCUCAUGAUGAUGCUCUUUGUACGCGAGCCUCUGCAAGGCACUUGGAACUGGGAAGAGGCCUUCAGGUGCUCCAACCGAAGGCAGGCGCAGGCGUGUCUGGUGUCCGAUCCCUGGAGCACACUGGAUACCUUGGCAGCCGCGCUUCGUGUGCUCCUCCCGGUGGUCCGGUGGAUGGAUUGGCUGGACAGCGGCUGGCCCUUCUUUCAGCUUGUGUCCCGCAUCGUGGCGCAGAAUUGCAAGGGCACCACCAGGUGCGUUCGCAGCUGCUCGGAGAAAAGCCUCAAGGUCCUGGCUAUGGAUCUCGAGUCACAUCUCUUGCAGACAGACGCCGCCGGUCUCUCCAAGUCUGCGCUGCGAAAUGUGGCCCUGGCAUGCUGGACGAGCACGGACUUUGAGGUCCAGGCGAGCCUGGCGCGCUGCGGCGACCUGGCGCUGGCGGAGGCGGCGGCCAUGCGGGCGGCGACUUUUCUGGAGGCUCGACACCUCCAGGACAGCUUGGUCUACCUGCAGAUCACUCAGCUCUUCCUGGCGGAGCUCUUCCAGCGCGACGCCUGCGCCUUCAAGCACCUGGCGCACCAUCCAGAUCUGUGGCUGACGCUGAGCUGGUUGGAAAAGCGCUUGCAGUCCAUGAUGCCCUACAAGCUCAAGGAGGUCUGCCAGCUCCACUUCUGCCCCGAGGGCAGCCCCAACCUCGAGAGGUGCCGCUGCGAGGUCUUGGACUUGGGCCCUCACAGAGGUGAGCCGGUCGAGCCGGAGGGGGUUUGCAUGGUCACUGCGGACCCGGGGGAUGAUCGACCCUUGGAACGGCAGCUGGGGCGUUUGGUGGCCUUGGAUGCCCACCAGCUCUCGGAGUUCUGGUCCCUGACCUUCCACCUGAACCGUAUCUACGCGCUGCGCCACGGGUACCGCUUCACACGCCUGGAAGUGAGCAACGACGAGGUGUCAGAGCUGCUUGAGACCGGAGCUAAGGAGCCCCGGCGCAUCCAAUGGCUCAUCGUUCGCUUGGUGCAGCGCGUGCUGCAGGACCCCAGCUGCAAGUAUGUGGUGUGGCUGGACAGCGACGCCUACAUCGCCUCCUCGCAGCCCUUGCAGGCGCUGAUUCAGGGCCAAGGCCUGGCGAACCGCUCAGCCAGGCCCAGCUUCUUCUUCGCCGCGGCGUCGGCCAGCAAGAUCUUGGGCCGCAGGAAGUCCCUGAAGAUGAACAUCUCGGAUCAUUUCAUGGUGGUGCGCAACUCGCCUUCGGCCCGGCGCCUCAUGGAGCGCUGGUGGCAGUGGCCCGAUGCCCGCGCCGCCGCAGCUCGCUGGCGCCGCGAGCUCUUUCUCGAGCAGACGGUGAUGAAUGACCUCUUCCCACGCCAUCCAAAGCUGGUGGCGAAGGUUCCGCCCUUGUCGCUGGCUGAGGGCUUCGCAGGCCGCUUCGUCCGCCACGUCGGGGGGAUCAAGGACGCGAUCUUCCGCCUUGCCCUGAGGUUCGGCUGCUGUUUCACCUCGCUCACCUGAAUCGAU